AAAAUGAAAAUGACAUUGGUUGACGUUUGAAGGUCACGCGAUAAUUUUCAAACAAAAUAAGUUUGCAUGUCUGAUAAGUUUUUAGUUUAGUUGAAGCAGUAUUACUGAGGUAAAAUAACUUGAUACAAAUAUGGGUUCGCGUUUUGAAGGUGUCGAACAAGGACCUCCGAUCGAAGUCUUCCAACUUAAUAAACUUUUUAUUGAUGACACAUUUAAAAAUAAAGUCAACUUAACAAUUGGGGCAUAUAGAGAUGAAAAUGGUAAGCCAUGGGUUCUGCCAGUGGUGCGCAGAACAGAAAAGCAGAUGGCAGAGGAUGAAUCUUUGCUGCAUGAAUAUCUACCAGUACUUGGCUUGGAGCAGUUUACGUCAGCGUCAGUGUCAAUGUUGCUAGGAGAAGAUAACCCUGUGAUCGCCGAAGGUCGUGCAUUUGGCGUUCAAACGCUGUCUGGAACGGGAGGACUGCGCGUGGGAGCAGAGUUCCUCAACAAGCAUCUGAAGUACACCACAUUUUACUACUCCAACCCGACAUGGGAGAACCACCACCUCGUGUUCAUGAACUCUGGUUUCACUCAACCACGCUCGUACCGCUACUGGAACGCGGAGACGCGCGCCAUAGACUUCGACGGUUUAAUCGCUGACCUGAAAGGAGCGCCCGAGAACUCUGUUAUCAUUUUGCACGCGUGCGCUCACAACCCCACCGGCAUUGACCCCACUCAUGAGCAAUGGGAGAAGAUCGCCGAUGUUAUGGAGGAACGCAAGUUGUUCCCGUUCUUCGACAGCGCAUACCAGGGCUUCGCCUCAGGAGACCUGGACCGUGACGCUUGGGCUGUGCGCUACUUCGUAAAGCGAGGCUUCGAGCUCGUCUGCGCUCAGUCUUAUGCAAAGAACUUCGGACUUUAUAACGAGCGUGUGGGCAAUCUGGCCAUAGUAAUGUCAGACGCGAAGUACGUGGCGCCGAGCAAGUCGCAGCUGACGUGGAUCGUGCGCGGGAUGUACUCCAACCCGCCGGCGCACGGCGCACGAGUCGUCGCCACCGCGCUCACCAACAAGCAUCUCUUCGAUCAAUGGAGAGACCACAUCAAGCAAAUGUCAUCUAGAGUCAUCGAGAUGAGAGAAGCAUUAAGAUCAGAAUUAGUCAAACUCGGCACUCCGGGCAACUGGGACCACAUCGUGAACCAGAUCGGUCUGUUCUCCUACACUGGUCUGACGCAGCGUCAGAGCGAGUACCUGAUGGAGGAGUACCACAUCUACCUGCUGCGUACAGGACGCAUCAACGUGUGCGGCCUCAACCCCGGCAACGUGCAGUACGUGGCCAGAGCUAUAAACGACGCCGUCACCAAGUUCCCACAACAACAGUAAUGUAUUUCUUUACCUGAUCAUAGCGGUGACCGGUUUGUUUGUGUUGUCUGGUACACUCAGCUGCAGUAUGUAUACACUUACAAAAAAGAGCGUCGGUGACUCAGGGGUUAAGCACUUAACUAGUAAUCUGCAGGACCUGGGUCAGAAUCCUCCAAUGUAACAAUAUGUUUUUCGAUUUACCGAGAUUCUUACAGUGAAGGAAAACGUAAUGCAACAUGCACAUAGCAAAGAAAUUUCAAAGAUAUGUGUGGGUUUCCGGGGAAAAAAGCGGCAACUUUGCGUGUCGUUCCGUCUCCCGAAAUGGCAAAAAGUGGAUUGCGGAGAUUCGUUUGGCCAUGAUAAAUGGAGGUCCGUGGUCUGUGCCUAACUCUCUGGGUUACAUGCUUGGGUUGAGUUACAAAACUUUAGAAACUUAUUUAUAUAUUCGGUUUUAACAAUACGUAUUCACGGAUUCAUCAAAAAAAUGUUAUCGUAGUAAGAAGAAUAUAGGGAUACUUUGAAAUCGAAAGCGCAUGUUAGUAUUUGAAGUUUGUAUAUGUAUACAUUUAUGUAGCUGACUGUACACUGUAAGACACCGACAUAGAUAUGCCUACGAUUACGAAAAAGCAUUAAUUCGAGACCAAUUUGUUUAUAACUUUAUAUGUACUAAUGUUUCGAUGACACAAAAUAUAGAUUGAAGUUUUUUUUCUUUAUAAAGUUGAAAAAUACUUUAUAAGCGAAAGUAAUAAAGGUACAAUGUAAUGUAUAAGAACAUCUUUGAUCUUUGACAUUUGAAUCAUAGAUUAAGUAAUCUAUGACAUGGUAUUUUUUACAUCUCGUGUUACGGCAGCUUUUUAA